AUGGCUACUGGUUUGAUGAUGAUGAGCUCAAUUUUCUUCAUCAUUUUUGCUUCCUUGUGGACUUGUCAUGAUGCUGCAAAUGACACACUCAAGCCAGGGGACACUCUCAAUUCCUCAAGCUCCUUAGUCUCUGCAUCAGGCAAGUUCAUCCUGCGUUUCGUUGUACAAACUAGUUUGAACACCAGCUAUCUAGCUAUCCUGCGCAAUAAACCAAAAGCAAACAAAGCAUGGAUUGGCAACAGAAACACACCUAUUCCAUACCCUUCCUCCCCACUUCUCACCUUGGACUUGAACAACACAUUGAAAAUUACAUACCCAGGUGGAGACCCUAUUGUCAUUUCCUCUGCUCCACAAACUAGUGUUGUUGAGGCUACCCUUUUGGAUUCUGGCAACUUUGUACUACAAGAAGUGAACUCUGUCAACGAAUCAACCAGCGGGGUUUUGUGGCAGAGUUUUGAUUAUCCAGCAGACACAUUUUUACCAGGCAUGAAAUUGGGGGUUGACCACAGAAACGGGCACAAUUGGUCACUGUUGUCUUGGGCAACAAGCUACAACCCAGCGCCGGGGACUUUUAGCCUUGAUUGGGACCCCAGUGGACACCAAUUGAGAAUCAAGCAAGCUGGGGUGGUUUAUUGGACCAGCGGCAUCUUCGGAGAUGGAAGAUUUGAAUUUAUUUUUCCUGAUGUGUCAAAGCAGAGGUACAAUUUUAGCAUUGUUUCAAAUGAAAAUGAAGACUACCUCACCUACACUGCUGUAGGUGAUCCAAGUGAUCCUGAGCCAGAAUGGGUGCUAUACAGCAGUGGGAAACUUUUUGAGUAUGGAACACAAGUUGAUAUUACAAAAGCACAGAACUGUGAUGGCUACAACACAGGUGGAGGGUGCGUGAGAAGGGACCGGCCAAGCGGUUGUACAGCGAAAUUCGGUGAUGAAUUUGAGGAAAAAAAUGGUUACUUCAAGAUCAACAACUCUAGUAAUACUUCAAGAUCCCCCAACUGGUUUAAUGCUAGUAGUAGUGACUGUAAGGUUACUUGUUGGCAAAAUUGUGACUGUCUUGGAUUUGACCUUCCACUUGCUAAUCAGAGUCAGACUAGUACCGGGUGCCAAUUUUGGAGUGUAGACUAUCAGUUCUUUGAAGACCUCAAUUCAAGUAGCAGCUUUGUUUUGUCAGGACUAGCAACACCAGCGAAACCACCACCGCCUGCCCAACAAAAUGGACAUAAAUGGCUGUGGAUUGGCAUUGCUAUUGCGGCUGCUGUCCUUGUAAUGGUGUUCUGCAUCUUGGGUUACCUGCUAAGAAGAAGAAUAUGCUCAGGCAAGAACAGAGCAAUGAUACAGAACAAAUUGCCUAGCUUCAUGAAAUCCAAUAGAUCUGCUUAUGAUCCUGUUAAUGAGCUUCAAAACGAUCAUGGAAACAUGGGAAAACAUGAUUUAAGCGUGUUUACCUAUGAAUCUGUUUUGGCUGCCACUUCCAACUUCUCUCAAGAAAACAAGCUCGGAGAAGGCGGAUUUGGCCCUGUUUAUAAGGGAAAAUUGGUGAAGGGGCAAGAAAUAGCGGUGAAGAGACUUUCAAAAUGUUCCGGACAAGGAACGUCAGAGUUUAAGAACGAAUUGAUACUCAUACAUGAACUUCAACAUACAAACCUUGUUCAGCUCUUUGGAUUUUGCAUUCAUGAAGAAGAGAGGAUGUUGAUAUAUGAGUACUUGCCAAACAAAAGCUUGGACUACUUUUUAUAUGAUUCAAUCAGAGGUGUGCUACUAGAUUGGAAGAAGCGUUUCAAUAUAAUUGAAGGAAUCACUCAGGGAUUGCUUUACUUGCACAAAUACUCAAGAACUCGAGUAAUUCAUAGAGAUUUAAAAGCUAGUAACAUACUACUUGACGAAAAUAUGAACCCAAAGAUUUCCGAUUUCGGUAUGGCAAGGAUUUUCACCCACAAUGCAUUGGAAGAAAAUACCAGUAGGAUUGUCGGGACACGGGGUUACAUGGCUCCUGAGACCAUUGAAGGCAUUGUUUCUGUAAAAUCGGAUGUAUACAGCUUUGGGGUGUUAGUGCUUGAAAUCAUAAGUGGCAGGAAAAACAAUAGCUUUUACAAUGAUGAUCGUGUACUCAAUUUAGUAGGAUAUGCAUGGGAGUUAUGGAAAGACAAUGCAGGGUUAGAACUAAUGGAUCCCACUCUAAGCGAUUCAUGUAUCGGGAAUCAAUUGCUAAGAUGCAUCCACGUUGGUCUACUAUGCGUGGAGGAAAAUGCAGCUGACCGACCUACCAUGUCCGAUGUCAUAUCUAUGUUGACAAAUGAAAGCAUGCAGUUGCCUAAACCAACAAAACCAGCAUAUUACACAGAAGGAAAUACAGACACUGCUGGUAUAGGUAGAAAGGGACUGCAAAAUGGAUCAAUAAAUGGUUUAUCCAAUUCAGAUUUUGCCAAGUUUUUCAUGAUCUUGUGGUCAUCCAUGGCUACAGAUUUGAUGAUGAACUCAUUUAUCUUCCUCAUUUUUGCAUGCUUGUGGACUUGUCAGCAUGCUGCAAGUGACACACUCAAGCCAGGGGACACUCUCAAUUCCUCAAGCUCCUUAGUCUCUGCAUCAGGCAAGUUCAUCCUGCGUUUCGUUGUACAACCUAGUUCGAACACCAGCUAUCUAGCGAUCCUGCGCAAUAAACCAGGAGCAAACAAAGCAUGGAUUGGCAACAGAAACACACCUAUUCCAUACCCUUCCUCCCCACUUCUCACCUUGGACUUGAACAACACAUUGAAAAUUACUCAAACAGGUCAAGAUUCUAUUCCAAUUUUCUCUGCUCCACAAACUAGUGGUCCUGUUGUGGCUACCCUUUUGGAUUCUGGCAAUCUUAUAGUACAAGAACUGAACUCUGUGGAUGGGUCGACGAAACGGGUUUUGUGGCAAAGUUUUGAUUAUCCAGUAGACACAUUUUUACCCAGUAUGAAAUUAGGUGUUAACCGUAGUAAUGGCCACAUAUGGUCACUUUUAGCGUGGGCAGAUACCUACAACCCAGCUCCAGGAACUUUCACUCUUGAUUGGGACCCCAAUGAGCGCCAGUUGAAAAUCAGGAAAAGUGGGGUGGUUUAUUGGACAAGUGGAGUCUUAAGAUCAGAUGGGAGAUUUGAAUUUAUUUUGCCAAAUGAGUCCAAGCAGAGGUACAAUUUUAGCAUUGUUUCAAAUGAGAGCGAAGAGUGCCUCAAAUACAGUGGUGUAGAUGAUCAAAGUGAACCUGAACCAGAAUUGGUGCUAUACAGCCAGGGGAAAUUUCUUGACUAUGAGGGACGAGUUGAUAUUGUACUAGCACUUAACUGUGAUGGCUAUAACACCGAUGGAGGGUGCGUGAAAAGGGGCGAUUGUGUGGCCAGAGUUGGUGAUGACUUUGAGCUCAAAAAUGGUGUCUUUAAACCCACGAAUUUGAGCUCAAGAUCCCCCUACUGGUUUGAUUCAAAUAUAAGCCCCAGUGGUACUAUAAACGCCUGCAAGGCUACUUGUUGGAACAAUUGUACCUGCCUUGGAUUCAACUUUCCAAUAUCAGAUAAUCGGACUACUGCUAGUACAGGAUGUCAAUUUUGGAGUGUAGACAGUGAGUUUGUCGAAGAAAACACAGGAUCGAGUACUGCAACUAGUAGCUUUGUUUUGUCAAGUUUAACAUCGCCACCAAAAUCACCACCUCACAAAAAUACUGGACAAAAGUGGAUAUGGAUUGGCACAUCUUCUACUGGUGCUGCUCUAAUGCUUUUAGUCUUGUGCCAUCUACUACGAAGAAGAAGAUUGGCACUUUCAACUGGCGAAAACAGGACAAACAUUGAGAACGAAAUGCUUAACUUCAUGAAAUCUAAUAGACCUACUGAUCAUGUUGGACUUCAAAAUGAUGGAAAGAUGGGACAUCAGGACCUAAGUGUAUUUAGCCAUGCAUCUGUCUUGGCUGCCACUUCCAAUUUCUCAGAUGAAAACAAGCUUGGAGAAGGGGGCUUUGGACCUGUUUAUAAGGGAAAAUUGGCGACGGGACAAGAAAUCGCUGUGAAGAGGCUUUCGAAAUGUUCAGGGCAAGGAACCGCAGAGUUCAAGAAUGAGUUGAUACUCAUAUAUGAACUCCAACAUACAAACCUUGUUCAGCUUUUUGGGUUUUGCAUUCAUGAAGAAGAUAGGAUGUUGAUAUAUGAGUACCUGCCAAACAAAAGUUUGGACCACUUUUUAUUUGAUCCAAACAGACGUCUACUUCUAGAUUGGAAGAAGCGUUUUGGUAUACUUGAAGGAAUCGCUCAAGGGUUGCUGUACCUGCACAAAUAUUCAAGAAAGAAAGUAAUUCACAGAGAUUUAAAAGCAAGUAACAUACUACUUGAUGAAAAUUUGAACCCCAAAAUCUCCGAUUUCGGUAUGGCAAGGAUUUUCACCAAUAAUGAAUUGGAAGCAAACACUAGUAAAAUUGUCGGAACACGUGGUUACAUGCCUCCUGAGUCCAUGGAAGGAAUUGUUUCCGUAAAAUCUGAUGUCUACAGUUUCGGGGUGUUGAUGCUUGAAAUCAUAAGUGGGAGGAGAAACAACAGCUUCUACAAUGAUGAUCGCGCGCUCAGUUUAGUAGGAUACGCAUGGGAGUUAUGGAAAGAAGGUGCCGGACUAGAAUUAAUGGAUCCAACGGUAGGUGAUUCAUGUAUUAACGAUCAAGUGUUAAGAUGCAUCCAUGUUGGUCUGUUAUGCGUAGAGGAAGAUGCAGCAGAUCGCCCCACCAUGUCAGCUGCAGUAUCUAUGUUGAUAAAUGAAAGCACACCAUUAGCCUUACCUACAAAGCCAGCAUUUUUUGUUGGAAGGAAAUUGGUGGAGGCUGGUGUAGGUAGAAAGCAACUUGAAAUUGCAUCAGUUAAUGACUUGUCGAAUUCCGAUUUUGAUGCACGUUGA